AUGGCCCUCUGUAUCGGUUUAAUUCUGCUUCCUUUUUCGCACGCAGCUGGACCCUGGUCGUUGUACUAUAAUGUUAAAGUCGGGCCUGAUGGACCAUGGAAUGCCAUCAACUUCAGCAUUGAGUAUCCAGCAAGAGAUGUCGUAGUCCACCCGUCGCUCUUCCAAACAUCUAUGCUCAUCAACGCAUCGGCAUGCGAACAAAACCUGGAAGCCAGUUGCCCACUCCCUAAGCCCGGCAUGUGGACGGGCUCGGGCUCUCAAAACUUGAUAGCCUGGAAAAACAGCUUAGGGACCAUGCCUUCGGAGUGGACCGAUGAGGCUGGGAUGUACAUGACAGAAAUCAUGGGCUUAAAGGGGAGCAUGCAUUACAUUGUAACGCGCUUUACGCUGCAGGCACCUGGACGGCCUAGUAGUUACCUAGAUGGCGCUGCAGCUGCCGUAUCUGACAGCAUCUCGGUUAACUAUCCUGGAGGCCACUCUUACAUGAUGGACGUCGGCUUUUUUUCUCUAUACGGACAGAACAGUACUGUCAAUUGGGAGUCGAAUAACGGUACCAGUAUUCAAUCAAACACCACGGUUCCUUUAGCAAAACUCCGAGAAGCGAUAUCAUCAACUAGUUACGGCCUCCAUGUCGGCUCCGUCUCGCAAAACGUGUCCGGGAGCUUGACCCUCGGUGGCUACGAUAGGUCGCGGUGUAUUGGCACGCCUAUCACUGCCAGCUCAGACCAGUACCUAUACCUUGGCGAUAUUUCUCUGGGAGUCGCCGAUGGUGGCUCCGCGUUUCAAGGCCUGAUCCCGGAGUACCGUACAUCUACCUUCCUAGAGAAACCUGUGACGCCAUCGCUGCCUAUAUCCCGACCUUUGAUUCAAUCACCUCAUUACAUUUCGUUCUCCUUCUACACCGAUGGCAGAGCUGGCUCCAUGGCCUCAAUUCAAAUCCCGUUCGCAUUGCUCAGCCUCAACCUUACAUAUCCUCUAGUGGCUUCGGAGACGCCCUACUUCCCCUGCCGCCCUUUCGAUCCCUCAAAAAAUACUGGUCCAAACACCAUACUCGGCCGAGCAUUUCUUCAAGGCGCCUUUCUCGCACACAAUUGGGAUUCCAAAACAUCAUGGCUUUCUCAGGCACCAGGCCCCAGCUUUUCACCAGAAGACGUACAUGCCAUCGAUCCCGAGACAACGACUCUGGCAGCAGCACAAAAGAUGCAGCCCUGGAACACAACGUGGGAGGGAGUCUUAACCCCAUUACGCAAGACGACCAAUAGCAGCAGAGGUUCGCCUGACGAAGAUCACGGAGGCUUAUCCACAGGUGCGAAGGCGGGGAUCGGAGUCGGCGCCGCGGUGGGAGGCAUCCUGCUGCUCGGUGCGGCAUGGCUGCUGCUCCGGCGACGCAAGCGAGGCCCCGAAGAAAACCUACCUCAGCAGCCCCUACCUAAAGAAGCACCAGCUUAUAACAUGCCGCCGCCGGGGUUGCAUCAGGAAUACGCUCCUAUGAGGGAGGCUCCGCCUCCGGCUCCUGCACCAAGAGAGUUGGACAGCAACGGCUUGCAGGAGCUGCCUGAAGAGUCCGUGCAUGAGCUCCCUGGAGGUGGUCGUGAUUCGCCCCGGAAAUGAUGGAGGUUAGGUCUGGUUUACCUAUCAUGUUGGAGAGUGGUGCAGCGGUCCGUAGUGUAAAUGAGUAUAAUAUAUUAGGUGUG